AUGUCAGCCAGGCCUAUUGUCAGAUGCCUCGCAGAGGCCGCCGCACGACCGACGACUGCAAGAAACGCAGUGAGCAGGACCUCGCGCCUUGCCACCAGCAGCACAACCACCAGAUCUUUCAGCGAUGCCUCUCGAUUCUCCCCUCUGUCCGCUUCGAGCGGGAGACAGAGACCGACAAUACCGCCCCUCGGUCAAGCAGCAGCGCGGGGAUCGUUACCUUCCGUACAAGCGAAACGAACCAUCUUCAUACAGACCGAGGACACACCCAAUGCAGAUGCGUUGAAAUUCAUGCCCAACCAUGAAGUGAUACCUGACAACAUCCCUACCACCUUUCUGGAAUACCUCUCACCGCGCUCGACUCUAGCACCGCCGCAUCCUUCACCCUUGGCCGCAAACCUGAUGAAUGUGGACGGAGUGACGAGCGUGUUUUACGGCAAGGACUAUAUCACCGUGACCAAGGACAGCUCCACACCCUGGGCACACGUCAAGCCAGAGGUCUUUAGCUUGAUCACCGAAGCCGUGACCAACGGUCAGCCCCUCGUCAACAUAGUAGAGAACAAGACCGGCGAAGAGGGCCAGGGCAGCGCCGCAAGCGAAGCGGCAGCAACCUACGACCCCGAAGACGGAGAAGUAGUCGGCAUGAUCCAAGAACUCCUCGACACCCGCAUCCGCCCCGCAAUCCAGGAAGACGGCGGUGACAUUGAGUUUAGAGGUUUCCACGAUGGUCAGGUUAUGCUGAAGUUAAGAGGUGCUUGCAGGACGUGCGAUAGCAGUACCGUCACAUUGAAGAAUGGGAUUGAGAGCAUGUUGAUGCAUUAUAUUGAAGAGGUCAAGGGGGUGCAGCAGGUCAUGGAUCAGGAGGAGGAGAUCGCGAUGCAGGAAUUUGCGAAGUUCGAGGAGAAGUUGAAGGCGCAGAAGGGGGAGGUUCCGCCGACAAGCCCCGGGCCUGGGUCGAUUGAUCAUGCUGCUGGAUAG